AAUAUCAUUUGAUAGAUAGUUGCGCAUAUUUGACGAGGUAACUUCACUUUGGUUUGACAUUUCGAACAUGUAUUGCCGGAACAUAUGACUUUACAACAAGUGAGCUACAAAAUAGUGUCUUGUGUAAAAUUCAUUCUUAACUGGAAAAUAAUUGGGAGUUCGAUAUCAAAGAACCAUCAAAAAAUUGCAUUCUAAGCAAAAUUUUACAAAAUGAGUGCAAAACAUGCAAAACGGCGUCGUUUGAAUACGGACAAUAAUGAAUUGGCUGAAUUGGAAGUUCAACAAAAUUCUAGACAAAUAUUACCUAAUUCGGAUGAGGCAACCACGUCGAAGCAACACCAAAACAUUGAAACAGACGAACAAAAGUCAUCGGAUGAAGCUGACAAUAUUGAAUCACCGCUUGCUAGCUGUCGCCUUCGACAUGGUUUAAAUGAAGACUGUCUGUAUGAAAUUUUCAAAUUUCUGGAAGUAUAUGAUCUGAUUCAAUUGUGUGAAUUAGAUAUUUACUUUCAAAAUUUAAUUUCGAAUUGGGUGAUCGGCAGAAAAAAGAUAAACUUCACGAAAAUGGACCCAUGCUGGACAACAAAUAAAAUUUUCCAAACAUUCGGCAAACACAUGCGGAAAAUAAAAAUCGCCGAAGAAAAUACACUGGGAAGCUUUGAACGUUUCUUAACAUUCAUCAGCCAGUAUUGUGCUGUGGGCGGAUUAUCCGAAGUGGAGCUACGUUUUAGUUCACCUACAGCCUCCGAAACCACAAUGCAGCAAUCUAUGCCAUUCUUCUCAAAUCUUCGAAAAUUGGUGCUUCAUGAUAACUACACACUCGUUACGUACAAAGAGUUCUUGUCGGGAAUCGCAACAUCAGCAACAAAUUUGACACAUCUUACACUAGAGGGUGUCAAUGUUUCUGGUGAAUGGUUGAUAAAUGGCGGCAUGGAAAAUUUACGAGAAUUUCGAUUGCACACAUCAAAACGACGGUCGAUGUGUAUCAAAGUCGCGGAAUUGUCGCAGUUUAUCCAGACGAAAGAAAAACUUGAAUUGUUCAGUUUUGUUGGCAAUGAAAAUAUUACGUUAGUAAUCGAUUCCUUGACCCAAAGUUGUCCCAAAUUGAAAACCUUUGUUGAUUUCCAAUUGAGUAAUCGAUAUAACCAUGGAACGGUGACAACUAUCUACUCACAAUCGGCCAAUCAAUACGGUUAUGUCCGAAAAUUUACCAGCGUAAAAACGCUUGGUCUCACAUCCUAUACACAGUGUGGAAGUGAUCUUUACUAUCCAUUUGUUAAAUUGGCUGCCCAAAAUCGAAUUGAAGCAUUGAAAAUUUUUGUUGAUCGAGAUUCUGCCAUUGCAUUACCUGAAAACAAUCAGAUGCACUAUUCGAAAAAAGAUUUCAAUCAUUUUAAGAGCUUGAAAUCGAUCGAAAUUCAAAUUAAGUCGGAGAGAAACGAAUGUGAUUUGAACAGUGAAUUCAUUUUGGAAUUCAUAUCAAAUUUGGCCAAUGUGACAAAACUGAUCGUCAUGAGUGAACCAUCCAUUUGGGACAUAAACAAAGUGGUAGAUAUGGCGCCAAAUCUGGAUGAGCUUGGAAUUUCACAUUUGAAAAUGAAGUAUUUGCCAGUGGAGAUGCGAAAACUUAUUAAAUCGGUUCGAAAACAUCGUGAACUUCGUGCACAGGUGCAAGAAAAUCCACCACGCUUUCAUUUGAUUGUGAAUGAACACCAAUGGCGUGAAAUGCAAGUAUACAAAGAUGUCAAGAACAUUAUCAUCUUUACCAUCGAAAAGAAUAAUCAUGGCCAAAGUUUCAAGAUAAACGGAGCUUAAAAUAAAAAACGCAUUGACCGCCGAAUACUCAUCUCAUUUAUAUUCUAAAAUUUCUCAUUUUGUUUACGGACAUGCCUCGAAUUAAUUGAAGCAUACGAUUUCUUUCAUUAUCAUAUAUAUCUAUAGAUUUAAGUAAUAUUUUGUGGCAAACAAUAUAAGGCUGUUAAUAAGCGGAUAAUAUUUAUCUGUAAUAGACAAUGUUUUUAUAAACAAAAUUUUUAUAACCCCAAAUUAAAAAAAAAAAAAACACAUUAAAAAUUGUAUUAAAACUUUUGAAUUUUUGAAUACAAAUUGAAGCUGUAGUUCUUCGAUAUUUUUACCUAAAACGAAUACAAUAAGCACAAU